AUUUCCUCUUUACCAUCAUCAUCUUCAUUACCAUCAACACUCAAGCUCAACAAUCGAAUUCAAAUCAAUCAAUCAACCCUCAGGAUGUCGAGCGGAUCUGCCGCUCCUAACCCACAGCGUACCAAGACUGUCAGACUCACAGUCGUUGCGGCUGAUGGUCUUAGUAAGAGAGAUGUCUUUCGACUUCCUGACCCUUUUGCUGUCGUCAUGGUCGAUGGUGAUCAUACCAAGACGACUUCAGCAAUCAAAAAGACAUUGAAUCCUUAUUGGAAUGAAAGCUUUGAUAUUCAAGUUAAAGAUUCAUCAGUUGUCACUGUACAAAUCUUUGAUCAAAAGAAAUUCAAAAGAAAAGAUCAAGGAUUUCUAGGUGUUAUCAAUAUUCGAGUCUCUAGUGUCUUGGAUCUCGAUCUGGGCGGUGAUGAAACCCUCACUCGUGACUUGAAGAAGUCAAAUGAUAAUAUGGUCGUUCAUGGCAAGCUGGUUGUACAUCUCUCUACCAACACCUCUACUCCCAUUCGCAAUCAACCUCAAUCAACUCCACCAACGAAUGAAAGCAGUUCUAGUCUUCCUCCUGUUGCCAACACUCCUAGCUCACUCACUCCAAACACUACCAACGCUUCACCAAGUUCUACAUCACCUGGAUCGAUCCCACCCUCAGCUGACAACGCCACCCCAUCUCCCAGCAACCCACCUCCAUCUUCUACAGCUGUGAGCCAUCCGAAUAAUCCAAAUGCAAACCCUUCUACCGUCACUGGUAACUCGAGCACCAAUCGAAACUAUUCAACUACCGAAGAUCAAUACGGUCCUUUGCCCACUGGCUGGGAACGCCGUGUCGAUCACUUGGGUCGGACUUACUAUGUUGACCACAACACUCGAGCUACUACUUGGACUCGACCUCCACGAAGUGCGGAAGCGCAAGCCAGUCAACAGAUCACUGCUCAAGCUAAUGAUCGUCAACGAAUGAACAACCGAACUCUAGCCGAUGACCUUCUCGGUGGUACUGAGGGCGCUUCAUCCGGCUCAAGUCCUGCGAUCACCCCCACUCCCACUGGAAAUGGUGCUCCUGGAUCUAGCUCAAGUGGUGCAUUGGUGCCUUCCAGUUCGACUUCUACCCCACCUCCCAAUAGUGGUAGUGGUGCGGGUUCGACCUUGAACACUGGUGCUACUACCGCAGGAUGGGGUCCACUCCCAGCCGGAUGGGAGCAACGAUUCACUCCCGAAGGCAGACCUUACUUUGUGGAUCAUAACACUCGCACCACCACCUGGGUCGAUCCUCGUCGCCAGCAGUUACUUCGAGUCAUGGGUCCCAAUGGCAACAAUGUUCAACCUCAACCUGUUUCUCAGCUUGGGCCACUACCCUCAGGUUGGGAGAUGCGAUUGACAUCGACUGCCAGGGUAUACUUUGUCGAUCACAACACGAAGACUACCACUUGGGAUGAUCCCCGCUUGCCUAGCUCACUCGAUCAAAACGUACCUCAGUACAAGCGUGACUUUAGACGAAAAUUGAUUUACUUUAGGUCUCAACCUGCUUUACGUCCUAACCCGGGACAAUGUCAUGUUAAGAUCCGACGUAGUCAUAUCUUUGAAGAUAGUUAUGCUGAGAUCAUGCGACAACAACCGAAUGACCUCAAGAAACGUUUGAUGAUCAAAUUCGAUGGUGAAGAUGGAUUGGAUUACGGUGGUGUUUCUCGUGAAUUCUUCUUCUUGCUUUCGCAUGAGAUGUUCAACCCGUUUUACUGUUUAUUCGAAUAUUCAGCUGUUGAUAAUUACACAUUGCAAAUUAACCCUCACAGUGGUGUUAACCCCGAGCAUCUGAACUACUUCAAGUUUAUUGGACGUGUCUUGGCACUUGCUAUCUUCCAUCGUCGAUUCUUGGAUGCGUAUUUCAUCACCAGUUUUUACAAGAUGAUCUUGAAGAAACGUAUUCAACUCGCUGAUAUGGAGAGUGUAGAUGCUGAAAUCUUCCGAUCCUUAUCAUGGAUGCUUGACAAUGAUAUUACAGACGUGAUUGAAAAUUCAUUUUCGGUUGAAGAUGAGAAAUUUGGAGAAGUGGUCACGAUCGAUCUGAAAGAGGAUGGUCGAAACAUUCCGGUCACAGAAGAAAAUAAGAAAGAGUAUAUUGAUCUAAUCACCCAAUGGAGAAUUGAAAAGAGAGUAGUAGAUCAAUUUAAAGCUUUCUUGACUGGAUUCAAUGAAUUAAUUCCACAAGAUUUAAUUAAUGUGUUUGAUGAAAGAGAAUUAGAAUUGUUAAUUGGAGGAAUGAGUGAUAUCGAUGUAGAUGAUUGGAUCAAACAUACUGAUUAUCGUGGAUAUCAACAAGAUGAUCAAGUUAUCAAAUGGUUUUGGCAAGCCGUUCGAGCUUGGCCAGCCGAGAAGAAAUCAAGAUUAUUACAAUUUACCACUGGUACAUCAAGAAUCCCGGUUAAUGGAUUUAAAGAUUUACAAGGAUCUGAUGGACCUAGAAGGUUUACAAUUGAAAAAGCAGGAGAAAUUACACAAUUGCCUAAGUCACAUACUUGUUUUAAUCGAUUAGAUUUACCACCUUAUCCUAAUUUUGAUCAAUUGGAACAAAAAAUUACAUUUGCUAUUGAGGAAACUUUAGGUUUCGCUGUGGAGUGAAAAUCUCCUUGGCACUGCAUCGUCUUCAAGACUCAUUCUCAAGAAUUGCAAGGAGGGAUUAGAGUCGAGUGGGAGUAGGCUGUAUGCGGACACGGAAGGAGCAAAAUAUACAUGAGUGUAGUCGGAUUGAUUUGUAUUUACGAUAGUAUGUUGAUGUAUUUGAUUGAUCUUACAUAAUUAUAUAUAUUUAAAAACCAUAUAUAUCUUAUGAUUGGAUUUUUUUUAUUUUGAACUUUUCUCUUUUGAAACUUUUUUCUCGAUUUUGAUUUUUUACCUCAUCAUUUACAGAAAUAAAAAACUGUUUUUUUCAUUUAUAUUAUCUUUUCCUACUUUUAAAGCAUUCAUUUAUUAUCUUCUUUCUCUUUCUUUUAUAUACUUCAACUUUUUCUCACAGAAGAAUUUUUUUAUGAAUAUUUUCUUUGUUGUUUGUUUGAUAGAUAGAAAUUUAUUUUUCUUAUUUGAUUUGUUAGGUUUUGACAUUACAAUUUUUUUUAGUUUGGUUUACAAAUUUUUUGAAUCCUUUGAUUUCCAAGUUCAUAUCAAGAACUUGUUGCAUUGGG